CUUCUUAAACAUCAGAAGAUCCACACAGGAGAGAAACCGUUCUCAUGUUCUGAAUGUGGAAAAUGUUUUGUAAACAAACCAAGUCUUAUUAAUCAUCAGAGAACCCACACAGGAGAGAAACCGUUCUCAUGUUCUGAAUGUGGAAAAUGUUUUUCCACUAAAAUGGAGCUUAUUACACAUCAGAGAACUCAUACAGGAGAGAAGCCUUACUCAUGUUCUGAAUGUGAUAGAUGUUUCACUCACCGUACACAUCUUAUUACACAUCAAAGAACCCAUACAGGAGAGAAACCUUACUCAUGUUCUGAGUGUAAAAAAGGUUUUGCCAGUAAAUCAUAUCUUGUUAUACAUCACAGAAUUCACACGGGCGAGAAACCUUUCUCAUGUUCUGAAUGUG